GCCAGUGCAUGGUCAGCUAGCUCACAUCUCUAUCCCCGGCCUCUUAGCAGCACGGAACGGACGGCAGCGGCGGGCGAGGAGGAAGAUGGCGGGACGGCUGCCGGCCUGUGUGGUGGACUGUGGCACGGGAUAUACAAAACUAGGAUAUGCUGGAAAUACAGAACCACAGUUUAUCAUCCCAUCAUGUAUUGCCAUUAAAGAGUCUGCAAAAGUGGGUGAUCAAGCCCAGAGGAGGGUGAUGAAAGGCGUGGAUGACCUAGACUUCUUCAUUGGUGAUGAAGCAAUAGAAAAGCCCACAUAUGCAACAAAGUGGCCAAUCCGCCAUGGUAUAGUUGAAGACUGGGACUUAAUGGAAAGGUUUAUGGAGCAAGUGAUUUUUAAAUAUUUAAGGGCAGAACCUGAAGAUCAUUACUUUCUUUUGACUGAACCUCCACUGAAUACUCCAGAAAACAGGGAAUAUACUGCUGAGAUAAUGUUUGAGUCCUUCAAUGUUCCAGGCCUGUACAUUGCUGUGCAGGCUGUUCUUGCCUUAGCUGCAUCCUGGACCUCAAGACAAGUAGGAGAGCGGACACUGACGGGUACAGUAAUAGACAGUGGAGACGGAGUCACUCAUGUCAUUCCUGUGGCUGAAGGAUAUGUUAUCGGCAGCUGUAUUAAACACAUUCCAAUCGCUGGAAGAGAUAUAACAUAUUUUAUUCAGCAACUGCUGAGAGACCGAGAAGUAGGAAUCCCUCCUGAACAGUCCUUGGAAACUGCAAAAGCAGUGAAGGAGCGCUACAGUUAUGUCUGCCCAGAUUUAGUAAAAGAAUUUAACAAGUAUGACACUGAUGGGUCAAAGUGGAUCAAACAGUACACCGGAGUCAACGCCAUCUCAAAGAAGGAAUUCUCCAUUGAUGUUGGCUACGAGCGAUUUCUGGGACCGGAGAUCUUUUUCCAUCCAGAGUUUGCUAAUCCAGAUUUUACACAACCUAUCUCAGAAGUUGUAGAUGAAGUCAUUCAGAAUUGCCCCAUUGAUGUCCGGCGUCCUCUCUACAAGAACAUUGUCCUCUCUGGUGGUUCAACCAUGUUCAGGGACUUUGGACGUCGUUUGCAAAGAGAUCUGAAGAGAACUGUAGAUGCCAGGCUGAAGUUGAGUGAGGAGCUGAGCGGUGGCAGAUUGAAGCCCAAGCCUAUUGAUGUACAAGUUAUUACACACCACAUGCAGCGGUAUGCAGUCUGGUUUGGAGGAUCAAUGCUGGCUUCCACGCCUGAGUUCUACCAAGUAUGCCACACCAAAAAGGAUUAUGAAGAAAUCGGACCUAGCAUUUGUCGUCACAAUCCAGUGUUUGGAGUCAUGUCCUAAAGUUGACUUCUUGUUCAUUGAGGUUAGGGAGAUGGAAACAAGAUAAUCUUUCUGAUGACCUGUUUUUGUCUGAGUGGAUGGUUCUGAGGUUUUUAACCAAACAUGAUCAUACAGGAAUAUUUAAUGAUGAGUGUGUCAACAUGCAGAUGUAGAAGAGAGCCAAGACGAUCUUUUCCUUUAGGUUGAAUAUUUGAAUCUUAUGUGUAUCAAAAAAGAAAUGGGUUUUAGUUCUUUCUGUGCCCUGAUAUUUUGUAUACUCCUGACUUCCCCAGUGUGCUGGCUCUGAGGGCGUGUGGAGAGCUCUGUAAUGCCUGGUUGGGCACUGCUGAGGGGCCUGCCGAGCUUGUUUCUAUUUCAUACUUUUUAUACUUUGUGGAAAAAGUCAACGGAAAACUAUAGUAUUGGAGGGAACCAGUGUGACCAAGGAAAAGAUGAUUUCAACAAGCAGCCUCAUGGGACUUGGCGUGCACUCUGGGUUCCAGUUAUCUCGAGCUGCUCCACCCCUCCCCAGCCCAACGGUUCUCUCUGCAAACGCUUGGAUCUAAGAAGCUAGUCUCCUGGGUUAGCUGAUGCCUGCCCUGCUUUCUGGUUACUUACAUUCUGUUUCUUGCUUUAAAAGAAAGACAAGACUGUUGGACCAGUAUUGCAAUUCUGUAGAGUCGUUUCUUAUUAAAACAAUAAUGUGAUUACCAAAAUUGGCAUAUUUAAGGCCUAAUGCCAUUCUAAUAAAGGCAAAAAUUUCUUUUUA